UGUUCACUCCCUCCACAGCAGCAGACUUUCAAAAGGAACUGCUCUUAUCGUUCACUCCAAUGGCGCAAGUUAGCGACCUACCCUGCAACGGCGACGGCAUUUGCAUGGUCUGCAACAACAACCCCGCGACCGAGGAGACCCUUACUUGCAACACCUGCGUCACACCCUGGCACGUGACAUGCAUCCGCCCUGAGUCUCGUCCCCAAAGCCUUUCUGAAACUGCCCAGUGGGAGUGCCCUGACUGUUCUCCUGUUAACCAUCCGCCGCCUUCAGGGAAUCCAGAGGGCGCCGGAGGGUCAAAGGAUGAUUCCUCCGGUAGCCUGAUCGCUGCGAUCAAGGCGAUCCAUUCUGACAAGUCGCUCUCCGAACAGGAUAAGGCGAAGAGGCGCCAGGACCUCUUGAGCGGAAGCGCGGGACCCUCUGAAGGCGACGGCGAUAAGAAAAUCGUUGAAGGCGACAAUGAUUUGCUUCGUGCAGUGAAUAAGAGCUUGAGCUGUUCGAUUUGCUUACAAACACUUGAGAGGCCCGUUACGACACCAUGUGGACACAACUUUUGCUUGAAGUGUUUCCAGAAAUGGAUUGCUCAGGGGAAGCGCAGUUGUGCAAAUUGUCGUCGUGGAAUUCCAUUCAGCAUGUCAACUCAACCUCGGAUAAAUGCUGCACUUGUCUUUGCCAUCCGAAUGGCAAAGAAUUCAAAUUCUAAUAGUGCUACAGGUCAAAAGGUGUCUCACUUUGUCCACAAUCAAGACCGUCCGGACAAAGCAUUUACCUCAGAGCGAGCAAAGAAAGCCGGGAUGGCGAAUGCAACUAGUGGAAAGAUCUUUGUCACAAUCCCUUCAGAUCAUUUUGGCCCUAUUCUUAAGGAUAAUGAUCCAGUGAGAAAUCAGGGUGUGUUGGUGGGAGAGUCUUGGGAGGGCAGAUUAGAGUGUAGGCAAUGGGGCGUCCACUUUCCUCCUGUUGCUGGGAUAGCUGGUCAGUCAGCUCAUGGUGCCCAGUCAGUUGUCCUAUCUGGAGGUUAUGUUGAUGAUGAGGACCAUGGGGAAUGGUUCCUUUAUACAGGAAGUGGAGGAAGGGACCUUAGUGGCAAUAAAAGAACGAAUAAGGACCAAUCAUUUGACCAGGAGUUUGUAAAGAUGAAUGAGGCGUUAAGAGUUAGUUGCCGAAAUGGUUAUCCUGUACGGGUGGUCAGGUCUUUCAAAGAAAAACGAUCUUCUUAUGCCCCAGAUAAAGGUUUACGUUACGAUGGGAUUUAUAGAAUUGAAACAUGCUGGCGUAAAAUUGGUGAACAGGGCUAUAAGGUUUGCAGAUACCUUUUCGUUAGAUGCGAUAAUGAUCCAGCACCAUGGUCAAGCGACGACAAUGGUGACCGCCCAAGGCCUCUUCCGGUAAUGAAGGAGUUGGAGAAUGCAAUUGACAUAACUGAGAGGAAGGGAUCUCCAUUUUGGGAUUAUGACGAGGAAAAAGAUUGCUGGGUCUGGAAGAAGCCCCCGCCAUGUAGUAAAAAGCCGGUCAGGGUUGGAAACGGAGUAGAUGUUAUGAAGAGGAGAAUUAAGCAGCAACCACAAAAUUCCAUGAGAGAAAGACUUAUUAAAGAAUUUAGCUGUCAAGUAUGUCAUCGAGUGAUGACAAAUCCGGUUACUACUCCCUGUGCGCAUAAUUUUUGCCAAGCAUGUCUGGAGAAGGAAUUUUCUGGUCAAAGUUUCAUAAAACAGAGGACAUGCGGAGGCCGGCGAAAUUUGCGUUCUCAAAAGAACGUGAUGAAAUGCCCAUGCUGUUCUACCGACAUUGCUGAUUUUGUUCAAAAUCCUCAGGUUAAUAGAGAAAUGGUGGGUAUAAUUGAAUCACUGCAACGUGAAAUAUCAAAGAGCGAGGAGAUUUUGGAAGAAUCGAGUGAAGAAACUCAUGGCACAUGUGAGAAAAAAGAUGUUGUUUCUGAUGAUGCAGAAGAUUCUGAGAUAAAUACUCAGAUCUUGGAGGCAUAUGAGGAUGGUGGUGAUGAAGCGUUAGAUCUUGGGACUGCAAAGAGGACAUUGCUUGAACAGUCUGAUGCGGUGAAUGAUAAGAUGGGAGUUGCUAUUGUUGAACCUAAAAUGGUUGACAACAAAGAAUUGACAACUACAUUGGACCAGGAUUUGGAGCCAGCAUUGCAAGAAGGGUUUGAUAAUGGAAGCAAUGAAUCAAUGGUUGGAGAUGAAGAAAUGCCCAAAAGCAAAAGGGCUAAAAUAGAAGUGAGAGAAUGAAAUGUUUCCUUGAAUUCUACAGUGUCCAUGGCAAAUGUGUCAAGCUAGAGAGCUCUUAGACUCUUGGACUGAAGCAUCCGGUCUUGUUCCAACUUAUUAGAUAUUGUGUAACAGAAGAGAAUGUUCGCUGGGAGAAACAACAUGGGAAGUUACUACAGCUGCAUGUUUUAUGUCCAGCCAGAGCGCGGAGGUGGGGAGUCGAGAACAAGUACUUGGCGACGUUGAGACUAGGGCUUGAAGGCAGUGUUAAUUUCCUUUCAACAAAAUAAGAAAGAAAAACAGUAAUAAUGUGGUCGUAGAGGGUCUAAAUUACAUUUUUAUGGCUCUAUGAACAAUAAGGUCAAUUGUUUUUUCUUUUUAUCAUCCAAGUAUCUAAAGCUGCUCCCUUUUUAGGUUAAUAUAUGAAGCCUCUUCCUUGUGUGUGUAUUCUCUGCAAUGUAAGCUGUUUCCCUUUUUAAGUUGAUAAUGUUUAUUUGUCUGAGACUCAAAGCAUCUGUGCAUAUUGGAAAUUUUGUAUUCAGAAGUUCCCAUUUU